AUGGCCAUCGAAAACCCCAGCAAGAGACUGUUCACCAAUGGCUUGGUCGUUACACAGAAGGUGUUUGUGCGUUCCAGAAAUGGCGACGCCUCAAAGGUUGUGCGAGAGCACUACUUGAGAGACGACAUUCCCUGUCUCUCCAAGGGCUGCACCUACUGCCAGAAUAUCCUCAAGCCAGAUCCUGAGGGCAACUUCGUUCACUUCACUCUCUCAGCAACCCCUUUGAGCUUGGAGGGUUUGGCCCACCAUUACUUGGUGCUUGACACCAACAUCAUUCUCCACGCCAUUGACUUGAUCGAGAGCUCCUCCAUUUUCUUCGAUGUGGUGAUUCCUCAAACCGUGCUCGAAGAGGUGCGAAACCGAAGCUUUCCAAUAUACACAAGAAUAAGAAGUCUUGUUCGAAGCGAUGAGAAGAGGUUUGCUGUGUUCCACAACGAUUUUCACCAGGACUGCUACGUCUAUCGAAACCCCAGCGAAUCAAUGAACGAUCGAAAUGAUAGAGCAAUAAGACAAUUCUGCCAAUGGUUCCAACUGCACCUUUCCACUUAUCAGGAUAAAGACCACUAUUCUCCGAUUCAGGUUGUGUUUCUUUGCAAUGAUCGCGACAGUCGAGAAAAAGCCAAAAAAGAAGGCAUUUUAUCAAAAUCUCUAUUUGAGUAUAUCGACUACUUUCCCAACGCAAACGACUUGAAAGAUUUGAUUCCAAACUACGACGACGAACCAUCCAAUGACUUCUCCAAAAAUAAACACCAGAUAACCUAUCCCGAAUACUACUCAACUGCUAAAUUGAUGGGUGGCCUCAAAAAUGCAACUCUAUAUCAAGGCAUUGUCAAUGUCUCCCCAUACAACUUUUUGGAGGGUCAAGUCUCAGUCCCAAACUUGUCUAAACCUCUCCUAAUUCUUGGAAGAGAAUCUCUUAACAGAGCUUUCAACGGUGACCAGGUAGUUGUUGAAUUAUUGCCCAAGGAAAAGUGGAAAAAACCCUCUUCUCUAAUCAUGGAAGAUGACGUAGUAAAUGCAAAUGAUAACGCUGAUGAUGACGACUCCGAAGAUAACAAAAAUAACAAAACCAUCUCCAUUUCUGAAACAGAAAGAAAACUCUUAAUUUAUGAAGCUCUCAAGACCCAAAAUGCUGACCCAAACUCUGAAUCCUCUGUCAUCUUGCCCACUGCUAAAGUUGUCGGUAUAGUUAAAAGAAACUGGAGACCUUUUGUUGGCCAAAUUUCUUCCCAUUCCAUUGAUUUAAACGACCUUAAAUCAAACUCUACAAAAUCUUGCUUUGUCGCGUUGAUGGACAAAUCCCUACCAAAAGUUCGUAUUAGAACCAGAAGAAUGAAAGAAUUGAUUGGAAAAAGAAUUGUCAUAUCUAUUGAUUCCUGGCCAAUAAACUCAAAAUACCCUCAAGGUCACUUUGUUCGUUCUUUGGGUGAAAUCGAGAGUGUAGAAGCUGAAACUGAGGCUUUAUUACUAGAAUACGGCGUUGAGUACAAACCCUUUAGCAAAAAUGUCCUUGACUGUCUUCCCAAAGAAGGUCAUAGCUGGAAAGUCCCACAGGAUCUUAAUGCUGACGAAUUGAUCAAAAAAAGAAAAGACUUGAGAGAUAGAUUGGUCUGCUCUAUCGAUCCUCCAGGUUGUGUCGAUAUUGACGAUGCUUUACAUGCAAGAAGAUUACCAAAUGGAAACUGGGAAGUUGGUGUUCAUAUCGCCGAUGUCACUCAUUUUGUGAAACCAAAUACCCCCUUAGAUGCUGAAGGUGCUUCAAGAGCCACUUCUGUCUAUCUUGUUGAUAAAAGAAUCGACAUGCUUCCUUUACUAUUAGGAACUGAUUUAUGUUCUUUGAAGCCCUAUGUUGACAGAUUCUCUUUCUCCGUAAUAUGGGAAUUGGAUGAUGAUGCUAAUAUCAUCAACGUUGAUUACACAAAAUCUAUAAUAAAAUCCAGAGAAGCCUUUUCUUAUGAACAAGCCCAAUUAAGAAUAGAUGACAAAAACAACCAAGAUGAACUAACAAACGGAAUGAGAGCUUUGCUUCAACUAUCUAUCAAACUAAAACAGAAAAGAUUGGAUGCUGGUGCUCUUAACCUAGCUUCCCCCGAAGUAAAAGUUCACAUGGAUAGUGAAACCUAUGAUCCCAGUGAAGUAGAAGUUAAAAAACUAUUAGCCACAAACUCUCUUGUUGAAGAGUUUAUGUUGUUAGCCAAUAUCUCUGUUGCCAGAAAAAUUUACAGUUCCUUUGAACAAACUGCAAUGUUAAGAAGACAUGGUGAUCCCCCAGCAACAAAUUUUACUUUGUUAAAUCAAAUGCUUAAAGUUCGAAAAAAUAUGCACAUUUCUUUAGAAAACUCUAAAGCAUUGGCUGAUUCAUUAGAUAAUUGUGUUGAUCCUAAAGAUCCCUAUUUCAAUACCUUACUUCGAAUUAUGUCAACUCGUUGCAUGCUAGCUGCUGAAUAUUUUAUAUCAGGCUCAUUUUCUUAUCCUGAAUUUAAACAUUAUGGUUUAGCAGUAGAUAUAUAUACUCAUUUUACCUCACCAAUUCGUCGUUAUUGUGAUGUUGUGGCUCAUCGACAAUUGGCUGCUGCUAUAGGAUAUGAAUCAUUGGAUAUCAUCCAUAGAGAUAAAAAUAAAAUGGAUUUAAUAGCAAAAAAUAUCAACAAGAGACACAGAAAUGCUCAAUUUGCUGGAAGAGCUAGUAUAGAAUAUUAUGUUGGCCAAGUUAUGAAAAACAACGAAAGUUCUGAAGAAGGUUAUGUUAUUAAGAUUUUUUCCAAUGGGAUAGUUGUGCUUGUUCCUAAAUUUGGUGUUGAAAGUUUAAUUAAAUUAGAAAGUUUGGGAGAUCCCAAUUCGGCCGUAUUUGAUGAGGAUAACUUUGAAUUAUCAUUUAAAAACAAGAAAAAUGUUAAAAGAACAGUUGCUGUCUUUGAUAGAGUUAUUGUACAAGUUAAAUCUGUCUUUGACGAAAGAACUAGUAAAAGAAAAGCCGAACUUGUUUUGGUUUAG